UAUCCUCGGCAAUACAACUGUCGCAGCGUUGGCAUCCUUCCGACCAUGGAACCUAUACAAGCGAUCCCAGGGAAUGCAAACAAUUUGCUAGCAUCACACAUCGUAGACGAUGUAUCCGAAAGGCAGCUGAAUUUUGACCCCGAAAACACCAUUCGAAAUUCUAAGCGUCGAAACUCGGCUUGGGAUGGACAUGCGGACCUGGCCUCUCUCUCCCACCACGCACCUCGCAACCCAGUAGGCCUCACAGUGAUACGACAGAAGUUUCUCCGCCAGAUCUUAGGGCUUAAUCCUUUCAAGACUUCCUAUUUUGCACUCUACAGACCACUGGACGACUUACAAUCGAGAUGCAUACUUUUCGCUGCUAUCCUCCUGGCCAUUGCUGCUGGCAUCCCGCUUCCGCUCAUCGGCGUCAUUCUCGGCAAAAUCAUCAACAACUUUCCACCCGAUGAGGAUGCUCUUCAAACGCGGCUGGUACAGCUCAUGGGCAUAGCUGUGGGCUACUUCCUUGUGACAUGGGGUUGGAGUGUUGCGUGGGGUGUGAUAGGAGAGAGGGUGUCUCGAAAAACCCGAGAGAGACUUGUCGAGCGCGCCUUGGGUAUGGACAUGACUUACUUCGACACGAUAUCGCCCGAUAUGACCAACAUACUCACGGAGAAGACGCAAACGAUCCAACUUGGCACGUCAGAGAAGGUUGGCCUGUUCAUUGCUUCCAUCAGUUACUUUGUCGCCGCUUUCACCGUGGGUUUCACUUUGAACGCCAAACUUACUGGAGUACUUUUUGUUUCCGUCAUCCCAGCCAUGACCAUCAUUGUUGUGUCGGGAACCAAAUACAUUUCCAAGUUCUCCCAACAAGCCGACAGCUUCACGGAGAAGGCCACGGCCAUUGCAGAAAGCGCAUUCCGAGGUGUUCAGAUUGUUCAAGCGUUCGGAGUAUCAGAACGACUGGCUCAAGAUCACAUAAACUUCCUUCGUAAAGCCCUCAGGUCAGGAAUCAAGAAGAGUAUUGUCGGCGCUUUCAUGCUGGGGGGUGUGUAUUUUGUCGCAUACGCGGCGAACGCUCUGGCCUUCUGGUACGGUGAUCGCCUAAGAAAGGGUAGUGCUGAAGCUGGUACUAUUUACGCUGUCGUUUUCUUGAUUCUGGAUGCCAGUUUUGUAGUCGGCCAGUUUGGACCAUUCAUACAGACCUUUGCAUUAGCAGCGGCUGCUGGACAGUCGGUCUUCGAUGUACUCGAUCAACCGACCGCCAACAUCGAUGUGUACUCUGCUGAAGGCACUAAAGUACAACGGGCGGAUUUUGAGAAGGAUAUCAAACUCCAAGACGUUACGUUUGUCUACCCAGCAAGGCCUACUGAGCGUGUAUUGGAAGGAGUCAGUCUUGAGAUUCUACCCGGCAAAGUAACCGGCCUCGUCGGACCAUCGGGCUCGGGAAAGUCAACCGUUGCUUCACUGCUCCUUCGACUGUACGAUCCACCCACGGGAAAGGUCAAAUUGGGAGAUCGCGACUUAAGAAGCUUCAAUAUUAAAAGCCUACGGUCGCACAUUGCACUAGUCACGCAAAGUCCGGUUCUGUUCAGCGGUACCAUACUCGAUAACAUUAAGCUCGGAUUACCAGAAGAUGAGGCGGUCACAGAAGCAGAAGCCAUCGAAAGGUGCACUGCUGCGGCUUCAGAAGCGCAUUGCGAUUUCAUCCAACACCUCCCCGAAGGUUUGAACACUACCAUCGGUUCUGGUCACCACUCACAACUCUCGGGCGGUCAAAAACAGCGUAUAGCUCUAGCAAGAGCUCUGGUUGGCAAGCCUUCCUUGCUUCUGUUGGACGAAUACACUAGCGCCAUGGAUGCGACCAGCGAGGCCAUCGUGCUGGAAAACCUCAAACGCAGCUCCGCGUCGUCUGGAAGGACCACGAUUAUUAUUGCUCACCGUCUCGCAACAGUCAAGGACGCCGAUCGAAUCAUUGUGAUGAGGGAUGGAGCUGUGGCAGAACAAGGCGGUCACGACGAUCUGAUCAAGGCCAAAGGGUUGUACAGUGAGCUCAUCAAGGCUCAGCAGUUCGACAAAAAGCGCAGUCCGUCUUCAACGUCUACUCUAGUUUCAGCUGCAUCGUCCGAGAAUGAUUCAUCGGAGACGGCAAAACCACUUCUUGCCGCAACCGAUGUGAACACUGAGGUGUCUGAGGAGCCGAAAAAGAUGAAAUCAGGUACUCUGAUUGCGCGGUCUCUAUCGCUGAGCCGCACGGAAACUCCAGCAAUUGCUGUUGGCCUAUUAGGGUCUAUCGUGAGCGGCGCUGUGACAGUUGGAGAAGCCCUCGUCUUCGGAAGUCUCGUGGAGCUCCUUAACGACACGACCAACUCGCCGCAAACAGCCUCAAAAGUAAAGCUGUAUUGCCUGUUGUUCUUUAUCCUCGCGCUCGUGGCCUUGAUCUCUCGCUCAUGCGGCGGUUGGGCCUUUGGGCUCGUGUCAGAGAACCUUGUUCUCCGCGUGCGAGAUGUCUCGUUUAGAACUAUCCUGAUGCAAGAUAUUGCAUGGUUCUCCAAGCCUGGACACUCGCAUCAUAACCUGAUGUCGAAGCUCAGCAUGGAUAGUGGCCACAUCAGCGGUCUAUCUGGCGUUAUUCUGGGAACCUUUUUCUCGAUUGCAACGUCUGUCGUUGGCGGUAUCAUUCUUGCUCAUAUUGUCGCUUGGAAAAUUGCAGUCGUGCUGCUUUCUGCAGUACCUAUCAUGCUGCUUGCUGGCUUCUUCCGUCUACGAAUUCUCGCUAAGGCCGAGGAGCGCCACCAAACAGCAUACAGUGGUGCAGCUGCAUCGGCUUCUGAAGCAUGUGCCUCUAUCCAAACAGUAGCAGCGCUCAGCCGGGAGCGAUACUUUCUCCAAAAGUACCGCGCAGCAAUCCAAGGUCCUUACGAAGAGAGUCUGAGAUUCACUUUCCUGGGAAACAUCAUGCUGGCUUUCUCUCUUUCCAUAACGUACUUUGUCUAUGCAUUAGCAUACUGGUGGGGAUCCCAGCAAGUUCGAAAAGGAGAAUACACGCAACGCGAAUUCUUCAUCGUACUACCAGCCCUUCUCUUCUCAGCCCAAUCGGCCGGCCAGCUCUUCAGCUUAGCCCCGGAAAUCACACGAGCAAAAACCGCAGCCCAAAGCGUCUUCACCCUCCACGACGAAACACCCACCAUCAUCAAUCCCGCAAAACCUACCACAUCCCCUUCCGUCAACCAGCCCGCGAAACCAAACACCCGCAACCCCUCUCAAAAAGGCGAACUCGAAUUUCAAAACGUCAGUCUGCACUACGCAACGCGCCCGGACGUGGCCGCGCUCCGGUCCGUAUCCUUCACGAUCCGCGCGGGCGAGUACGUAGCCUUUGUGGGCAAAUCGGGUGCGGGCAAAUCCAGCACCGUCCACCUAAUCGAGCGCUUCUUCGACCCAACAGCAGGCCGCGUCCUGGUCGACGGCCACGACAUCCGCUCGGGCCCCGUGCAAGCGCACCGCGCGCGCCUCGGCCUCGUCGAGCAGGAACCAGACCUCUUCCCCGGCUCCGUCAGCUUCAACAUCGGACUCGGCGCCCACCCAGACUCUCCCGUCGCGCACGAGCACAUCGUCGCCGUGGCCAAAAAGUGCGAGCUCCACGACUUCAUCAUGUCCUUGCCCGAAGGGUACGACACGGAAGUCGGGGCGCACGGGAACAAGCUAUCGGGGGGUCAGAGACAGCGUCUUGCUAUCGCGCGGGCGCUGAUCCGUGAUCCGGAGAUUCUGUGUCUGGACGAGGCGACGUCGCAGUUGGAUGCUAACACGGAGCGGGAGAUUCGCAGGGCGAUUGCGGUCGCGGCGAAGGGUCGCACUACGAUUAUGAUUGCGCAUCGCUUGGCGAGUGUGCAGUAUGCGGAUCGCAUCUUUGUGUUUGAGGGUGGGGGGAUUGUUGAGGUCGGGUCGCAUGAGGAGUUGGUUGCGAGGGGUGGGUUGUAUGCUGGUAUGGUUGCUGCGCAGGAGUUGGAUUGA